CCCUCACGGGCCAGUGGCUUCCUGCACAAAAUCGGCUCCAACUCCUUCACUGUCACUCCUCGGGGUCUCCGCCGGGACAGUGGUGCCCCGCUCACAAAUGGCCCCUUGGAGCACAGUGCCAGCCCUGGGGGUAGGAGCCUGCAGGACAAGGCACCUCCAGUGCCAUCGCCAAGCGUUUCUGUUGCCAGAGCCAACACCCAGCCAAAACCGGAGAGAAGAGAAGAGAUCCAGCCACCCCAACCCAGUGCCACCCCUAGCUCAGGCCAGCCGCUUUCGGCAUCUGCUCUCAGGAAUGGGGGCUCCUUCGAGAUCCGCCCAGCCCCCAAGCCGGACCUGGCCACCAUCCCAGCUAAUGAUCUCCAAGCGCAAGCCCUGGCCAAUCUGCGCCUAACCUCACGGAACUCCUUCCUCUUUGUCCCCCGCUGUGGUGGAGGACAGUGUCUGACAGAACCUGCAGGGACUGUCACACCCCUGAAGCCUGAGUGUGAGCAGCAGGAGGAGCCCAUCACCCCCCCACAGGUCUCUCAAGAUCUUUUGGUGCCUGUGACUUAUAUUGAUGAUGACAUUGUGGAGCUGGAUCCUGGGGGCCUACCUCAAGAGAUGGGCCCUGCUGUGGGACUGAAGGACUCAGAGCAGCCCCAAGAAGCUACCUCAGCACUGGGAACAGAGGCUACUGCUAUACCUCUGUACAAACCCCACCCUGUCUCCUCUUCCCUCCAGCAGAGAGGAGGCAAUACCUUUACUAUAGUGCCCAAAAGGAAGCCACACAACACUGGGACGGAGGUUGACAGUAGAACCAGCGGAGCUCAGCAACCAGAAGAACAAGAUGAGGAAAGCGGCAGCAAGGGCAAAACCUUGGGGAGCCCUGGUGCACUCCUCCUGGACCUCGGGCCACUGCUUAAAAAGCGCUAUCCCACUGUGCAUGAGAUUGAGGUGAUCGGUGGUUACCUGUCUCUGGAGAAGUCCUGCAUGAGCAAGACAGACUCUCGCCGCAAAAAGAUGAAGAUCUCUUUCAACGAGACAAGCCUGCAGACCAUGUUUGAGUACCCCUCCGAGAGCUCGCUGGUGGAGGAGGGGGAGGAAGAGUCUGUCUCAGAAGGGGAGGAAGACGAUGAUGAGGACAAGCCCUUUUCCCUGUACAUUCCACGCCCAACCAGCACCAUGGUCGCUAACGUGCCCAGCUCAGGUUUCUCCAGCUACACUCCCAAGCACUCCGUGGAGUUCAGCAAGUGGCAGGAGCAGGAGUACGAGAAGCCUGCCACCACCGCCAGGCCGCUCCUGAAAGAGGCCAAUCCUCCAGGGAGCCAGGUCAUGCUCACUCCGGCCGAGCAGAGUGGCCUCUCCGACUUCAGCAGCGAGCCUGCCCUGUACUUCUGACUCCUGGGCCAUGCACCUGCAGCACUCCCUCCGAGCUGGGAACCUGGCAGCUUUCCCCGUGUCCUUGGCUGCGCUUUGUGGGCGGGAGGCUUUCUGAAGCCCCACAAGGAGCUGGUGGCACUCCAGCCUGGCACGGGCCCUGCUGCCUGAGGGGGACAGCAUGCCACUGGGCACUUCCGAGAAUAUUUGCACUGGAUUCUGGGACACCUGCAGCUGCUGGGUUCUGCCUGUGGCCUUACACGCUCCUCCUUUGGGAGUAGCUGCCAAUAGACUUCUGGGAGUGACUGAGAGCACCUUGUGAGCCCCAUGCUGGACGGAGACCCUAGGACUGUCUGCUGGGCUCCGCCCACCCGCAGGUGUGACCUCAACAGGCACCUGCGGCUCUGAGCUGCCGCUGGAGCCAGCGCUCGAACGGCUGGAGAGCUCUGCUUGCGGAGGAGGCUCAGGUUGGCAGUCUCAGCUGUGUGAGCGCUGAGGGCUCUCCGGGGGUUUGCCAGGGUGUGGGCACUCAGGGAGGGUGGUAGGAAGGGGAGACUGCUCUCUGCUCAGAUGGGAAUGAUAAUUAGAAUGGGAGCGUCCCCAGCCUCCAAUGUGGCUUUGCUCCCUAUGAGUGGCUGGACCCGCAUGAGGCGACACUUGGCCCCUUGCAUUCCGAAGCACUGGCGGGAGCUUCCCUAGCGCAGCUGUUGGUGUCAGGCUCUAAGCACCGUCACUCCUGCCAGGGUUUGCCUGCUCUCCACACGGCUGUGGCUGGCUUCUGAACCUGCUCCCAUUUGCUGGGCCUCAGACAUGUCCAGCCCCUGCACUCCCGGCCCCGGCGCACACCUCAGUGUGGAGAGCUCGCCUGCUGAGUCAGCCAGUGCUGCCAGGCCUGCACCUGGCCCUUCCCGCCCCUCUGCUCCAGGCUCUCCCCUUCCUUCCACAAGGAAUAGGUGGUUCUCUGGCUUUUUAGAAUUCCCCUUCGCUAAUGGUCAAUGCAAGCCAAUAUACAGUCAGUCUGCUAGGCUGCCACUGCUUGUGGGCACAUCGCUAGUACUGUAGACUCAGGGUCAGAAUAGCAUGUUCUGGGAAAGACCAAUGUUAGUGAACUGAACGUUGCUGCUAAUGUGACUUUACUCCUGGGCCAAAAGGAAGGAUGACCAGCCCAGGGCUGGCCUCUGAGGCACUGUGGAUGGGAGGACAGUAUCUGAGCCUGCCACCUUCUCCAAAGGACCGAGCUCCUGUCUUUCUGAUUUAAAUCAACCGAUGCAUUCAGUUUGCUUCUCCAAUAGAGCGCAAUCAAGCUGUCUGUGAUUGUGGCUGAAUUGGAAAUGUCUCUUGCACUUG